AUGUUCCUCCGACGAGCCGCGCCAGCUCUCAGCAGACGCGUUGUCCCUCGACCAGCGGUGACACGCUCGUUCGCGAUCUCCGCGCGCCGAUUCAAAUCACCCGAGGGCGACCCAAAGCCCGGCGAUGACAAUGCACUGAUCAAGCCAAUGUCUGAAAUCCACUCCGAGCAUGACCUCCUUCCUCCCGGCGGCGCACGCGGUACCAUCCCUACCGAUCUGGAGCAGUCCACCGGUCUCGAGCGAUUGGAAAUUAUGGGCAAGAUGCAGGGCAUAGACGUGUUCGACAUGAAGCCGCUUGAUGCGAGCAGGCACGGUACUCUCAAGGAUCCCAUCGUGGUUAAGGGCUUCGGUGACGAGCAAUACAUUGGCUGUACCGGCUCUCCCGCAGACAGCCACGGCACUCUAUGGCUGGUCACUUCCCGCGACCGCCCAGUCGAGCGCUGCCCUGAGUGUGGCUCCGUCUACAAGCUCGAGUACGUCGGCCCGCCAGACGAUGAUCACCACCACGACGAGCACCACGAUGUGCCCGACUACGUACACCCGUACGAGGGCGAGUUGAAGACUAUUGCGAACUACGUGCGGCCGGAGUAUAGAUAG